UUCACCACUUGUAAAUCACAUAUUAGCUUCUGGUGGGCAAGAAUGGGUUAUUUUGCUCUAGAUAAAGAAGCAUUUGGACUGCCUUCUAAAGGCAGCAGGGUGUAACAGGAGUUGGUGGCAUGGUACCUGUGCUGCCUUCUUCUGGAGUUUGCUGCCCUUAGGGACCCAGCUCUGAGGAAUCACGUGGCUCAGUUAAAAUAUCAUUUAUAGCAUGCUAUUUCCUAAUGCAGGCCCAUCAGCUCCAGCAGAAGCAGCAACUUACUGUGCUGAGUGAGAAAGCAAAGCGAGAGGUUCAAGAAAGCCAGAGGUUCUUGAGUGACCUCCUUCAAGACAAUGUAAAGAUGUGCAGUAGCUCCAAAGGCAGUUAUUUUUCUGUGCCAAAACUGGACCACGCAGAGCAAACACUGGACAGGAUCCCAGUCUGAAGGUGACAACGCAUCUGGCAGUAAUGAAGAGAUGCAUUCACUGAAACUGUCUGAAUUGAAUACAGAAAGAGAUCACAAUCUGGUGGAUCCCAAAACAGUGGAACAAAGAAAAUCUCUGGGAGGAAGGGAUUCGCAUUGCUCAACCCUCCAAGAAGGAUCCCUGCCGGCAGAGGAUGGGGAGCUGCUGUACAUCCACCAAGCCUCGAAUCUGUCGUCACCUCUGGGAAAUGCUCUCCAUGGGGAGCCUGGAGCAGCAGAUGGCUCUGCAGAGAGCAGUGACCAGGCCAGCUUGGACAGCCAGUGGAGUGAGGUCGGCCGGCACUAUGGAAGCUCCAGCACCUUCCGCCGCUUCAGCCUGGCCAUGGCGGAGCAGUGCCUGAGGGGAGAGGAGCUGCGAGCUCGACACCAGGCUGCCCUCCUCAAGCUCCGCAGAAAAGCUCUCCGGGCAAAAGCCAGGGCUGAGCUGGCCUGGCUGGGCCACCAGAAGCGCUGCCUGGAAAGCCUGCAGGACAGUAAGGGAGCCUCUGCUGUGGCUGAGAAGCAGCACAAAAUUUUAACAGAGCUGGAACAGGAGCAGGUAGAAAUACAGCACCUGCAAAAUCUCUACAGGGCAGCCCAUCAAGAAAGGAAGCUUUUACUAAAGCAGCAAAGAGAAAUCUUAAUGAUGCAGCAUUCAACAGCACAGCUCCAGGAAGAGCUGCAUAAUUUGACUGGGAAGAAAAAGCUUACAAGGAGCCCAGCAACUGAAGAAGCAAAUAAGCCAAAGACAAGACAGAUUUCAAGCUCAAAGUUCAACUCCUUGGCAGAAUCUACAGCAUGCUCAGAAAGGCCUGAUAUGACUGGGGAUAAAAAGAAUUGUGCCCAGCUAAGGAAUGAACAAAGCAAGAAGUAUGAUAGCUUUUCUGAGAACAAGAAAACACCAGUACAACAUCAGAAAUGGGCAGAGAAUUCCCCAAGUUUGGAGCAGUCCCUUGUCCUGCAAGGUCCUGAUGUGUCUGGAACAGUGACCAGGAAAGUGUGUGAUGCCACCAGUCAAACCACAGGCUUGGUCUUCAUGAUUAAAGACUGCAAAACCACAGAACUUCAUGCUCAGGAUCACAUUUUAUUACAUCUGGAACGUGUAAAUUCAGCUGGAACGGAUGAAGCUAUAGCCACAUCCACUACAAUAGAAGGCAGAAAGUGUGUGAUUCCGGAAUCUGUGCUGAAGGAAAAGGCAUUUGUUUCAAAUGCAAAGAUAGAACCUAAAGAUAAUGAAGAUAUUAAUCCAUGUUUCAGCAAGUUUACAGUGAAAAACUUGGGGAUGCUUACUACAUUGUGUAACUUAUGUCAGGCUCAGACAGAAAAUAUUCCUCAAGAAACAGGUGAUGAUGCACCAUCCUUAAUAGAAGAUCAAGAGAAUGAUUCUCUGACAGUGGAGAAAGUACAUGGGGAGCAGAGAAGUCACACAACUCCAAGAGAAGGGCAGGGCUCCUGUCCGUUUCAGUCUCUUCAGACUCAGACACAGAAGAAAGAUCCUUCUUUUGACACUGAAGAUAAUGAAAGAAGGUCAGCACUGAUUUCCAAUGAAGCUACGGUAGUGAAAACGCAGUUAAGGAAGGAAAACUCACUACAGGAGCAGCAGAGGGUUAGCCCAGACUCCGAGAGAAAAGCAGAAGUUGUGCAUAUGAAUGAAAAAGCACCUUCUGAAAUUCUGUCUUCAGAAGAUGCUCCAGUUAAAGAAAUGGAAGUGUCUUCCCCUUGUGAGAUCCAUCGCAUGGAUGGAAGUCCAUGUUUGAAGCCUUUGAACCAUAAUUCUCAUGAAGCUUCUGAUGAAGAACUAACUUUAGAAGUGUUUUGCAAAGGAUUAGAUCCUGCUGAGUCAUCGCCCAAGUCAAAGGACUUCUCUCCAAGAUGUGAAAGUGCCAAAUCAGACUCUUCUCUCUCAGAAUUUCAGAAAGUGUCUGCAGUUUGGAUUGACAUCUCUGAAGGCUCUACCUCAGACUCUGAAUCAGAGGUGAAAAAUGGAAAGGACGCAGAUGUCAGCAUCCCAGAAGAGUUUAUCUAUGAUGACAAUGAUGCAUUUUCUGACUACUUCAAAAGAGAUGCCAAUAGCAGCAAGUAUUGGAAAAGAAACAUUAUGCAGUGACAAACGUAAUGAACAUGAAGCACCCACAGAGGACAACAACACUAAGAUUUCAUCACUCUUUCAGAUCUCCCAGAAAUGCCCUGGAAAGGCUUCAGAUCACGGGUGCCCUGAUCAUUUGCUUCCUUGCCUUCCCACAGACAAGGCAAAUACCUUCAAAACAAAGCCAAUGGAUCCCUUCCAGUUUGAAAAACCAGCCAAGGAAAUGGAUAAGCCAAGUUUGGAAGCCUCAGAAAACUCAGAAGAUGCAGCUGCCAGCUCUUUGGGCAGUGAUGGUGUUUACCUACUUAAGAUCUAUGAACAGCAGGAGCCUACUUCCACAACUAGCAGAGUGAAAAAGGAUGGUGAAAUUAACAGUUUAUUUAUGGAUCACAGCACAGAGCAAAAGCAGCUUAUUCUGAUGGAUUCUUUGGAACAUCUAGAUUUGGCUACUGACCAGUUCACUAGCACGGUCUCUUUUCCCCCUGACAAAGAUAUUACAAAUGGUAAAUUAGUAGCAUGUCUGUCUUCCAGAAAUGCAGCAGUGCAAAAUAAUCACGCACAGCUUUUGAAUGAGAGCCUUGCAUCCAGAAAACUUGAUAAGAUUGUAUCUCUGCCCAUGUCUGUGCAAGGAAUUUCUGAGGAAGUACAUACAGAAGCCUACUUGUUUGAGUCUUUGCAAAGGGUGGCCCCAGGAAAUCAAAAUCAUUCAAAAACUGAAAGGCAAGACACAAAGGAAUUGGGGAAGGGUUUUGCUUCCAACUCCUCAAAAAAGCAACUAUUUCAAGCUGAGAAGUGCUCUUCCAAAGGUGAAGAUGAUACAAUUUUUAUUAGUGAUGAGGGCCUCCCUCCAGCUGAUGAGGACACCUUGUCAGAAAUACUGUCUCCUGUUGAUGAAGUGCUGUCCUAUGGAAGUGCUGACUUGCCAUCCUCUAAUAAAAAGGAUUUGUCAUUUCCAAGUGAAGAUCUUCCUCCUCCCCCUUUAGGUGUAAAUGCAAUGAAAAAUGAUGAUUCUAGCUUUAGUAUGGAUGAUUUCCCAUCUCCACCAGAACAAAUGACAGUCUCAGAGACUAGACAGUGUAUGGAUGAAGAUAUAUCACUGCGAACAGAUGCAUUACCCCCAUUACUUGAUAACAUCAUGCCUGAAGAAUUUCCCCUGCUCAGUCGAGAGCCAACUGAUGUUUUUUCAAGGCAGGAUAGGAAUGUCUCAGAACAAUCUUUAGUUAAAGAAGAUAAGUCCCCCUUUGCACAAGAACUAUCAGAAUACCGAGAAGGAGGACAUGAGACACCUUUACAGUAUUUGGAGUGUCUGCCUGUGUCAAACCCCAUUUCUUCUGGUCAGGCCAGUAAAAAUCCUGAUUCCAUGAUGAAUCAAUGCGGAACAUACUUAACACUACUCAAAGCUGAAGAGGAUGGUGAUGACCCAUUGUCAUCAUUUGAAAUUGGGGACAGAGUGUUAGUAAAGCAGACCCAGCCUGGAACCCUCAUGUUCAAAGGCCGGACUUGUUUUGACUUGUGGCCAUUGGGCGGGUGUUGCACUUGACAAAGCUGAAGGUGAUCAUGCUGGAACUUACAAAGGGGUGAAGUAUUUUGAGUGUGCUCAGCACUGUGGUAUCUUUGUCAGACCUAAUGAGAUUUCACACCUCUUGGAGGAUAACAACAACGGUUCCAGUAACACUGGGCAUGAAGACUCAGACUCCUCCUAUGAUGAUGAAUCCUUCAAAAGAGACUGCAAAUACCCUGAAGCUGAUGAACAGGGCACAGGGGUAACAGAGCAGAACACUGAAGACACAAAAAGCGCAGGAGGAUCAGAAAUGCCAGAAAACCAGUCUAGGUUACACGUUGCCUUGCUGCCUGGAAAAGGUCAGAAGUUCACACAUUCUGACCAGUGUAAGUGUAAUGAAUUCCUUUGUCAAAAUAACUUAAUGUGCUUGGGGUCAGAUAAAGAAAAAACAGAAGUUACCCAAAUAAAACAAGGCAUGCUUGCAGAUGUGCUUCUAAAGAAAAAUAAGAUCAGCAGCAGAGAUGGGGUAAACACAAGCAAAAAUAUUUGUUGCUUGUUAGAGGAUCAGAAAAGAAAUACACUUACUGAUGAUACCACAGGUGAACUCAAUAAACUUCUGUUUGACACAUUAAUUGCAUUUGUUGAAACAGAUCAACAUAAAUAUAAAAGUGCCUUUGAAAAAGACAUUACGAAUUAUGGCAAAGGCCUAAGACAAGAAGACGAUCUGAAACUGUUUCUCGUCAAAGACAAUUCAGUUGCUAGCUUAUCUGAGCAAUCAGCAAAGGUUUCUGAUGUUCUACUGUGUGACUUCAACAUGCUUAGCAUUCAUGGCUGUCACACAGUAGCAGAAAGAAUUGUGACUAAAUUUGUAGAUGAUGCAGUUAAAGAAUAUAAGAAGAUUAAAAGAAAACAUGGAGCAAAAGCAUACAAGAUAUUUCAUUCAUCUUCAGAGACCUCUCCAACCACUUUGCCUUUCCUUAUAAAAAUCCUUGAUGCGGGUGUUUUUGGAAGCUCUGAAGAUUUUGAUCAGCCUAAUUCUGAUGGACAUGCCCUAGAAAGACAAACACAAAAGCAGUACUUGUACAAAUCGGAUCGGUGGCACUCAGCUCCUUGGAAAAAAACUGUGGAGGUUCCUCUUGUGGUACCACAUCACAGUUCAUAUGUUAAAAAAUUAUCUGCAUCUGCUGUAGAAGAAUUAUGGACUCCAGAAAACAUAUAUUCAAAUUUCAAGAGAAUUAGUGUGCCAAAGCAUUUUGAAUGUAAUUUCUCGGGGAAUCAUUUGGAAACAGAAAGCAAGAGGAUGUAUAAUCAGGUUAUAUUUGAUUUGACUCGUGAGGUGCUAUGCACAGAGUAUCAAGUAACUGCAAAUCCAAAUAGACUUCCAUGGUUAAAAGAAAAUUUGGGAUCUCGCUGUUCCAGAUGUCAUUGCAGAAGUGCAGAUGUCAAUGAGGUCAAGCCUCUCUUAUUUUGUAGGCAUUUGUUCAGGGUGAAGUUAUUAAAAUAAUGAACCUGGAAAAGAAUGACUUAGAAAUGAAAAGAAAAAUUCUUAAUAUGACCAAGUAUGGAAACUGUGAGAGAGACAGAGUGGACCUUAUUCUGAUUCAGGAGCUCCGCAAAGAAGAAUCUCAGUGGACUUACUAUGAUGAUGACGAAUUAACUGUGAAGAUGAGAAUGACUGAAAGAAUAUUUGAUAGCUUGAUCCUUGAUACAAUCGGAGUUCUUAAUAAGAUUUAUCUGAGAAAAGCCUGUGAUAAGAAGUUUUUCCCUAAUGGUGGAAUUUUAGUCCCUGAUUUUUAAGGCAAGAAUACAUGAUUAAGAAUUUUAAUUCUGAACUGUACCUAAUACCAGUUUUACAUUCAUAUUUACAAUUAAAGGAUGCAAGCAGCGAUGUAAGCACGUAGAAAAAAUAUCACAUAAAAUAUUCUUCUUGAGUUCUGAGCUCUGGGAAUGCUCAUUAAGAUCAAUGUUCUUCUUAGACUAAUGUUAUUUGGAAUCUAAGUGGUGGAAAUUUUAUUCUUGUCUGUUUUUUAAUCAAGAUGGCACUUUAUUCACCUACGCAUUUUUAAGAGCAUCAUAUGUGUUUAAAAUUGUAUAGGAGUCUAUGGUUAUACAAACAGUUCAAAAACAAUUUGUGUGUAAAUGAUUUUAUUUUGUUAUCAGUGUUCUGAUGGUGAAUGAUGAUGAAAAUUAUGUUUUGAGAAUACUGUUUGGAAAAUCAAUGUUUUUAGAGCAUAUGGGUACAGAGGGAAUUAAGUCUCCCAGAAAUUGAAUUGCUAUGGACCUCUGUCUUUUGGAAUGAACUCUUCCAACUGGAUCAUGUCUACAACUUUUCCUAAUGGGUUAAACAGCAUAACAAAGGUGACUGAGGAAAAAAAUGACCAUUUUUUUACACCCUGUGGAAUGGUUUUAAAUUAGCCCAGAGAUGACUUGAGAGAUGUGGCAUAUGGCAGGAUCUACAGCCAAACAUUCAGUUCUAAUGUCUAUAACAUCAUGUAAAUGAGACAUAUACUGAUGUAAUGCACUUUAAAUGGAUGCUUUUCUACCAGUAACUUCAAUUUCUGAAUAAUAAAUAUGUGCAUUUGAUUACAUUCCUUAUCAUGGAAUUCAUAUGGGCCCUUUGAACUCCAACACAGUUUAAACACCUGAGGAUGUACUUUAACUGGCAAAUCAGAAGAAAACAUCCCUAUUUUAUUUUGUAUUCGUAAAAUGGGAAAAAAAAUAAAUCAAGAUUUGAAGAAGGAAAUGUAAGCAUUCCCCAAAUAUGCUAAUUUUUAACAAUGUAUAGUACUGUGCUCUUACCUAUUUUGCAUUAAGACUAAUGAUAAAUUUGUAUUAAUGUUUAAAACAAAUAUACGUAAUGGCAUUCAGAAUUUUUUCAUUACUAAAUAAUUGAAUAGAAGUAGAUUUAUUUAAAUCCCCUUCCUUCAGGGAGUCUUUCAAAUGAAAAGCAGGACAAUUAAUAUGAUUUUUAAAAAUUGAAAGGCACUUUGUUUCUGUUUUUAAGUACUGAUGGUUUACUUGUUUUCAUAUUGAAUUGUUUUCUGAAUAAACAAAAAUCCUCUGUGUCUCUUAUUUUUACUGAAA